AUCAUUCCAGAACCAUAUCCCUCCUUGUAUUCUUUCACAUUCCUAUUAUUAAAUAUUCAGUCCCACGAAAGUCUCUCCCUCAUUAGCCCCUCUUCACACUCUUUUUUGUUCGCCACUCUCAUCCCCUCCUUCUUAUAUAUAUCAACGACACCGUCACGAAGCUCCUCCAACAUUUUCAGCCUCAUCAGAAAAAUGGGUCUUGCCGAUAUGUCUAACUCAGGCCUCGGGCUUGGUCUUGGUCUUGGUCUUCAUCAUCAGUCUGAGAAUUGCCCCAGAGAAAUCCGACAGAAGAAAGAGGAUGAUCAGUACAAAUGUGACCAGAAGGCCGUAUACCCGUCUCUUACCUUAGGACCGCCUGAUGAUCAAGAGGCGAAUCAACAGCUUCUUCCAACAAAGACUGAAUCUGUUCACUUCCAUGCGAUGGCCUCUUCUCCCAGCGCGGCUUCUUCGUUUUCUAACUCCUCCAGUAUCAAAAGGGAGAAUAAGGAGUUUGCCGGCGACGAGCUUGAUUUGGAAGUCGAGAAUAAGGUUAAUCCUUCCAAGGUAGGUGCCGACGUAGACGAGGAGGGCAAUCCCAGGAAGAAACUCAGGCUCUCCAAAGAACAAUCUGCUGUUUUAGAGGACAGCUUCAAAGAGCACUCUACUCUAAAUCCAAAGCAAAAGCAAGAAUUGGCAAGGAAGCUAAACCUGCGUGCGAGACAAGUGGAAGUUUGGUUUCAAAACAGGAGAGCCAGGACAAAACUAAAACAAACGGAAGUUGACUGUGAGUUACUCAAGAAGUGCUGCGAAACGCUAACGGAAGAGAACAAGAGACUGCAAAAGGAGUUGCAAGAACUGAGAUCAAUAAAAACGACGUCGCAGGGACCCUUGUAUAUGCAGCUUCCGGCAGCCACCCUCACCUUGUGCCCUUCUUGUGAGAGAAUUUGCGGCGGAGGCGGCGGCGCCACCACCAACGGCUCUCCUGCUGCCACCGUCUUCCUUACUGGAUCAAAGGCCCAUCACUUGUACAAAAGUAACUAUCCAUUCGCCCACUCGCCGGCAGCUUGCUAGCCAGCUAGCUCGGGUGGCUGCACACAAGAUUUCCGACUCGCUCUUAUUUUUGUUCGCGAAUAUUUAGCCAGCGGCGCAAAUUGAUUCGCAGUAAUUAGUUAGUGAUGUCAGAUGUUCAGGAAUUAAGAGUAGAUAUUUCAAGCAAAGUAUAUAUGAAUUAAAGGCAUUUUUCUUGUUUUUUAUCUGAUCCAUAUGUAAGGUAUAUUUAUCAGCCAUGCUGAUUAUGAAUAAUAAUAAUAAUAGGGUAAAUUAAGAGUUCA